CACUUGUCGAAAAAAGUGUUUACGAAAUCACAUCUAAAAAUGUUGAAACUAACAGUAUUUUUAUGCCUUAUUCUGUACACCAAUUGUAAGACCCAUAGUGUGUCGGACGAUAAGGAGUUAUUGGCAGCUUUGAAAGAUGUAUCGCCCGGCGAUACCAUAGAGUUAGCGGACGGCAAGUAUCACAACACCUUCGUAACCGACGUGGACGGAAAGGACGGAAAGCCUAUCACUUUGACCGGCUCUAAGAAGGCUGUCAUCUCGGGCUCCAACUAUGGCUUUCACCAUCAGGCAGACUAUUGGGUACUCCAAGGCUUUACAGUCGCCAACAGCAAAAAGGGUAUUGUCUUAGACGGCGCCAGCAAUAACAUAUUGGAGGACCUGGAGGUUCACGAUAUCCAACAGGAGGGCAUCCAUUUCCGAAAGAAUAGCGCCGAUAAUAUUCUCCGAAAGUCAUACAUACAUACCACAGGUCUCGGUAGUCCCGGAUAUGGUGAAGGAGUCUAUAUUGGAUCAGCGGUGAGCAACUGGGAGAGCAAUAAGCCAGACAAAAGUGACAGAAACCAAAUACUGAACAACAGAAUCGGUCCAAAUGUGGCCGCAGAGGAGAUUGAUAUCAAAGAGGGCUCGUGUUGCGGUAUAAUCAAGAAUAACGUGUUCGACGGCACCGGUAUGUCCGGCGAGAAUUACGCCGAUUCCUGGAUUGAUGUUAAGGGAGAGGGCUAUACCAUCGAAGACAAUGAGGGCAACCAUUCAUUGCUCGACGGCAUACAAGUGAGACAUAAA